AUGGCAGACGGCAAACAGAUAUUGGGAAAGGUAACAAGUUGGGUGGGGCUGCUGACGGGCGCCUUCACCAUAGUAGUGUGGUGUUUUCUGUUGAACGCGUUGAGCCCUAAGAUCAAAGUAGACUCAGAUGACGUGCUGAAUGACAUAAACAAAACCUACUGGCGCAACGCAUUGUUUACCUUUGCGCCCUCUGUCUUUCUUGAUGUCUGGACGCCCUUCGUGAUGGGGUUGAUCUCCAUUUUGUGCCACUUCCACGGCUUUGGUUUCUACUGGAUGUGCAAAACCUACAUUCACUUCUUUCUGUGGAACUUCGUCUUGGCGCUCUUCGGCAACAUUGGCUACUCCGGUGGCAUUGGUAUCGUCUGCAGCGCCUUUUCUCUCCUCACUGCACUCCUUUCGCUCAUUUGUGCUUUCAUAUUGCCGAAUCAGUGCCCUAAGCUCGAUCUGCAGGCUCCCAAGGUCCCGAGAAGAUGA